UCAGCUGAGCCGGUGUAAACAAACCCACGUUUGGAACCUCUGUGGACAUACCUAGGUCUGCCAACUCGUAACAGCCCGAGGUAUUCAAUGACUGACAGACAUAGAGGGGGUGUAGUGAAGUGGUUGAUCCUAAAAAGUUGCGAGGCGGAGUAACGAAGCAUCACGAUGGUAUGAUGCUAACGUUAGCACAGCGUUAGCUGUGGUCGCGGAUCGGCCGGGAGAAUGCGCUAUCAGCCAAGAGUACAGAUGAACCAGGACAGCAGGCAGCCUGUCCAGGAAGUGACUCAAGGACGGACAGCACUGAGGAGAGAUGGUGGAAGUUGAAGACGUUUGCCGCAGAGGAGCACCGGUGGUGGCCAGAGCAGGCUAGCCUGAGCAGCAAUAAUGUCAGUGAAACACGCCACGCCCAACUUCAGCCAGUCUCAGGUGGCUGAGACGGUGAAGAGGCUCUUUGGGCUGACGGCAUCAGAAAUCAGCUCUCUUCCAAGCUACGAUGACCAAAACUUCUUCAUAGACCCCAUCGAGGAUGGCAAGUAUGUCCUGAAGAUAAUGAACUCGGAAGACAGUAAAAACCCCGCCCUGAUCGAGGUGCAGACGCAUGCCAUGUCCUUCCUGCACCAGAAUGGACUUCCUGCCCAAACAGCCCUUCCCAACAUUUCAGGACAGCUGAUGAGCCUGGAAGAAAUAGAUUGCGGCUAUGGCAGUCAGAAGUACAUGGUGCGGCUGCUUACUUAUUUGCCUGGAACCACGAUAUCCAAGGUUCCUCUAACACCGCAGUUACUGUAUGAAACUGGCAAGAUGGCAGCCACAAUGGACACAAUCCUACAAGAGAUGGUGCACCCUCAUCUUGCCGUUCUGGAGAGAGAGAAUUUGAUAUGGAGUUUGUCAAAUCUUCCCCUGCUGGAACCAUACAUCCAUUUAUUUGAUGGAAAUCCUCUGGAGAAGGUUGUGAAAUCUGUCCUUUAUCAGUACAAGACCUCUGUGACCCCGAAACGCUGCAAUUUCCGAAAGUGCAUAAACCACGGUGACUUCAAUGACCUCAAUGUGCUUGUACAACCUGAUGGGAGAGAUGGCCAUAGGAUUUCUGGCAUCCUUGAUUUUGGGGACAUGCACAGCGGCUACUACAUCCACGAGCUAGCCAUCACUAUCAUGUACAUGAUGAUUGAGCACCCUAAACCCAUAGAGGUGGGUGGACCUGUCCUUGCGGGCUGGGAAAGUUUCCUUCCCCUCAACGAAGCUGAGAAAGAUUGUCUCUAUGUGCUGGUGCUGUCCCGCUUCUGCCAGUCGAUAGUUUUAGCUCAUUACUCUGUGAGCUUGCAUCCUGAGAACGAAGAGUAUUUGAUGAUUACAUCCAAGAAGGGUGUCCACAUUCUCAGUCAGCUAUGGGAGCUCGGAAAGGAGCAGGUGGAGAAGUUAUGGUUUCAGACCGCUGCUCAAUUCAGUGACAAAAAGUGAGAAGGGUAAACCGUUCUCACAUUUCAAAGUGCAAUAGUACUGAUUAGACAAAGCCCCUUGCACAAAUCAAGUAUACAUUUAAGAUUACCAGUUAAAACAAUAACUUGUGUUUUAACAGUAAAAUCAUAAAACAUUUGACUUGAGAUUGAGAUUCAGACAUAAUGUGGUAUGAAUAGCGUAGUGUCUGAAUCAGAGAUGGGUAAUGUAGCAAAAAACUGUAUGCAAGUGGAACUAUUGAUACUCUGUUGUGACAAUGAAUCAUGUACCGUAAAAGCCUAAUAGCCAUCUAAACAACUAAGAAAAAAAAAGGAUAAGAAAUAAUUUAGGAAAAAUGAGUACCUGAGUACCUCCUCCUUAGGAAGAGUUUUUUUGUAAACUAUAAUUUAAGAAACACAAUCAUGUGUAAUAGGUGCCUUAUUUGGAAAGCAGGAUUUGGAAAAACUUGUCCAUGCUUUUAUCUUCAGUAGACUCAACUACUGCAAUGGUGUCUUCACAGGUCUCACUAAAAAAUCUAUUAGGAAGCUGCAGCUAAUUCAGAACGCUGCUGCUCGAGUCCUCACUAACACUAAGAAAGUGGAUCACAUCACUCCAGUUCUGAAGUCUUUACACUGGCUUCCUGUGUGUCAAAGAAUAUAUUUCAAAAUACUGCUGCUGGUUUAUAAAGCACUGAAU